AUGUCGCCUUUUAAUGAGGAAAAUAACAACUCGUCAAGUAUCACGCCCACAAUGACUCCCGCGCCUUCUUCUGUGUCCGACUUUGAUCGUGAAGCAGGAGACGAAACGCUUUUCGAUCUUGGCGCUCAGAAAAAAGUUACUCGUGCGCAAUUUCGUCAAAUGGCCCUUGGCGUUGGUUACACUCCCGCGCGAUCUUGCCCAACCACCCGGGAAAUCUGCUACAUUGCGAUGGGCGUCGGCCUCGGUUUGUUCCUAGUCCUCCUGGUGACGUGGCUCUUUCCGUUUUUUACUGGCCGACGAUGCAUCGCAAACAGCGUCAACGUUGAGGAAGCCGAGUCCCGAUUCAAUCAUGUUCAAAGCCCUCAACUCCCCACCGUUCGCACCCGCCGACGACGCUCUCUCGAAACGCUCGACGACGACGAGUCCGACGAUUUCGAUGUGUUGAUGCGGGAAGUCGAAGAGCUCCGAACUGCAGCCCGCGAAAAUGUUUCAACAACAAGGGACCGCCUUUUGGAGGUCCUUUCGCGCCAAGACCCACCGACGUAUGCGGAAACUCUUCGUGGCAGCGGCGAUGGGCGCGAAGAGAACGAGACCUUGUUCAUGACCGCCCGAGAAUAUGCAACCUCGUCGACCGAAACCCUCGUUCCCGCCACGACCGCUCAGCCCGUAGCUGACACUACAAUGACGAUGUCGGAGCUUGAGCGAGGCAGCGGCGAAGGCGGAUCUGGUGAGACAAACGAACGGGCUGCCGGUGAUGGUGCGGCUGUCGACAUUCUCUAA